AUGCCAGAGGACCAUGCCACCCUCGAGAACGGGUAUUCAACAACCCCUGACCCGGCACCGUCGAACAGUGAUUGCAGCGGUAGGGUAGAUGCUCAUCAAACCUUACCUUCGAGCUCAUCUCCUAAGAAUGUCGCUUUUGAGCUUGUUCUUGAUGAAGAAUCAAAAGUGAGAGGAAGAAUACCAAUGAGAGUCCAAAUCUUUCCCCAUGACACAACGGACUCUAUCGUGACUACUGUGAAAAAUUUCUACGGUAUUUACGAGGGCAUGGGGAGCGGUGUGAGUUUUGAAGACGAAAAUGCAACUACCCUCAUUGCGCGUUACGAAAAUUUGCGAAACAAUAUGACCGUCUACGUACGUGUGAUCCCGAAUCAUGGCUACUCGACCCAGCAGCUGUACUAUGGAGCGCCCCAACAUGAAGGCGCUCCACGGCCUUGCCUUGGAGAACCCUUCCAACCGUCAUCCGACCAUGGUCGCCCGCCUUCAAGGCCAACAUCUCGAGUCUCCCGGAAGCGCAGUGCCUCUCCGUCUGCCCGUGGGCGCCGAAGUGUUUCCACCCAAAAGGCUGCACGGUCUCGCAACAAGAGCCGCGGUUCUAGCACUCAUGGUAGCUUCCUCGAAGAACCACUUGUACCUUAUAGCGAUAGCGAUGGUGGCCAUGCGUCAAUUACGAGUUCGAAGAAAGCAAGGAGCGAACAUUUUGCUAGUUCUGACAUUAGCAUGGAAAAUAUCCUUCAUGAUGGUAGAAGAAAGAGACCAAAAUUUGAGAGUUCGGGUCUCAGAAACCAUGAGCACCUAUAUUCUCUUCAGGGGAACUCACCAUAUGCCACUCCUGGGGCCCCGCAUCAUGGCCACCAUCUCCGGGAACGACCACAUUCACAAUCCGCGGGGCCGCAUGGAAAUAAGAUCAACAACUGUGGCGUUCUUCCAACGCCCGAUCCAACAAUUGCCAGUUGUAUUUCUGAUGAAGAUGUAGCGAUGCAGCUAAUCCGCCUUGGUGAUGCGUCAAACUUCUCGCACGGUCGCACUUCUCUGUCCACCGCCGACGAUGCUUUUAGCGGAAUCGCUGAUGCCUCUUCAUCCACUGGUGCGACUUCGGAUGGAGAAAUGAGUGUAGACGAAGGGGAACCGUCGCUGAAGGCAGCACAAAUGAACCAGAAUGGCGGCAGUUCGGGUACCGACGGCAUCAACGGAAAUUAUCGUUUGGAUGAAGCUCCCGUUGCCACAAAGAAUGAGUAUGAGGAUAGCCAUACCUACGGUUCUCAAGCCGCGAACACUAGGCGGGCGAAGCCCAAAUUUGGCAAUACGAGUAGCGCAAAGACAAAGCAAGGUACAAUUUCUAAAUCGGCAAAGGUCAUCAAGGCGCGCUCUGGAACGGUUGCUCGAAAGCCAAAAUCAACCACCACCAACGGAACUAGCAAGAUUGCCCUGCCGCCUCCAUCCAUAUCACCACAGAUACAGCGAAAGGCGUCCGGGUCCGGAUUAAAUUUCCAGCAUCAACUUGCAGCUGACGAGGAGGAUUUAUCCACUAAACCACGAUGCCAACGGUGCCGUAAGAGCAAGAAAGGUUGCGAUAGGCAACGCCCUUGCCAGAGGUGCCGUGACGCUGGUAUUGGCAUUGAAGGAUGCGUGAGCGAAGAUGAGGGCAACGGGCGUAAGGGUAGGUAUGGCCGACACAUGGGUGUUCCUAUUAAGAAGGUGAACCCAGGUCCUGCGGACCAGGAGCCUCAGACCAUGGCUCCCUUUUUCACUGCGGCUUCUACUGCUGCUGCUCAAGCUGCCAGUAAGAAGAGAAAGCGGUGA